AUGGCGUCCAACGGAGACCACGUCGAUUUGACUUGCGACACGUGCGACGUCUCCUUCCAACGUAGCGAGCACUACCAUCGUCAUAUGCGCACCCACACCAAGGAGAAGCCCUUCACUUGCUCCGAAUGUAACCAGAGUUUUGGUCGUAUAGACUCGCUUUCGCGCCACCACACUACCAUUCAUCUCGGCCUCGACAGGCAGCAGAGGAGCGAUUCCCAGAGUGAGCAGCGCCGGGUCGCUCAGGCUUGCAAGCCAUGCAGUAUAUCCAAGGUUCGCUGCAACGGCGAACUGCCUUGUCGACGAUGCAGCCAACAUGGCGACACCUGCUAUUACGAACCGAACCUGAAACGAAAGUCCACCAGGUGCAUUGCCGACGUCAACCCUCCAGAGAAGCGCAGCAAACCCGACGACAAUCAUCAGCCAACACAAUCUGUACCGGAGGGAAACGAAUGCUCCGACCCACGGCCUCUGGUUGACGGGAAUGCCGAUUUGCCCUUGAGCUCCGUGGUUCAAAGCGACGAGGCGAGGGCCCCAGAUCUGCCGUUCCAUCUACCGUCGGCCACGGAGAUGGCCUGUAGUACCAGCGGAGACGAGCCGAUAGCUGACAUGAAUGAAUACUUUACGGGCUUCGACGGCACGAGCUCGAGCAUAGGCCACCCUCCUCUUAUGACGGACCUGGAAAGUAAUGAAUGGCUGAGCCAGACAAUGGACUUGGGAUUCAUGUCCUUGUUCUACCAGCCGCUUCAACUGCCAAGCGCCAACGACCGAUGGCUGGACCCUCUCGGGCCCAACGCAAAUCUCAAUGACCAUCAAGCCUCUUCUCUCGCGAAGCCUGAAACGAUGAAAGGUCUCUACAGCCGCAGCCAUUCCCCAGACAUCGAUGCCGAUGCCAUGGAACCAAGACAAUACCGUCCUAUAGCCAUCGAAAAAGACGCCCAGUUGGCUUUCCCAGACCUGUCGAAAUUAAACGGCGACGAUAUAGAUAAUGAAAACCUUGCCCAUGUGGAAGAAGUUCCAGCUUGGGUUGGCGAACGAGUCUCUGAGCUGGCUGCUCGAAUCGAGCAAGGCUAUGUUUUCCCGCGAUUCAUCAACAUACCUAUACCCCCACCACCCGUUCUGAAUGCAUGGGUACAGCUUUAUUUCGAAUAUUUCCACCCCAUAUUCCCUCUUCUACACAAGCCUUCCUUUUCUGCCUCGAAAUAUCACUGGAUAGUCGUAUUUACGACAGCCGCCAUUGGGGCUCGAUUUUCCAAGUUGCGCGACGCACAAGCUUGUUCCAGAGCCAUGUGUGAGCUAGUUCGCCGCAUAACAGCUACCAUGUGCGAACAGGAAAACCAGAAUGGAAGGGAGCUCUGGAUGAUACAAACCAUCAUUCUGAACCACAUAGCCCUGAUGUAUUCGGGCGAGCGAAGGGCUCUCGAAAUUGCUGAAUUCUUGCAGGCUCUGCCUGUAACACUGGGCCGACGCAAGUUUCUCUUCAAGACGUCCGUACCAAUGCGGACAAUUCGCUCUAUGCAGCUCAAGUUCGAGCAAAAGUGGCAACUUUGGGUUCUGGACGAGGAACGUCGUCGUGCCGCUUUUGCUGUGUGGCUCCUUGACUCUGCCUUCAAUCAAGACUUUGAUCUUAGUAACUUGAUGCAUCUAGGCGAACUACAAAUAUCACUCCCUCAGACCGACAUGCAAUGGAACGCCCCAGAUGCUCGGACUUGGGCACGUCUUGCCGUCAACGACGAUCUCGGAACGUCUCGGUCCUUGAAAACAGUAAUAUCUGAUAAUGCCUGGAAGAUGGCAUGGUUGGAGACAGGCUCCAUUGGCAAACAAGUGAUACUUCGACAUCUCACGCGGAUUGCUAGUGAUCAAGAUGGUCACAUUCCCCACGUUCCCUGCUUCGCUGCAUCCGAAAAGCUUCAGGCAGGGGCAACACUGAUUGCUCUUCUUGCUUUGAUAGAGAACGAGGCUCCCGAAAAGGCGCUGCCGGACUUCAAAGCCGAUACUGUACACCAGAUCAUGGGUUUUGCAGCUUUAAUGACGCAUAACUCAUCGACUCGACACUACGUCAGAUUGCCUUUGAAAUUCAUGUACGGGAAGAUGCAAGACGAGUCAUGGAGACAAGCGGCAGAUCUAUGGGGAAAUGCUCCUGCGCAGGGGAGAUUGGCCUGUUUUUACGCAGCUCGCAUUCUGUACGUCGCUCGGUCCAGCCUGUGUGCCCACUUUUCAGUAACGACUUCUUUAUUGCGAGCCGUACUGGUCCUCUGGACAUAUUCGCAGUUGGCAGAGCGAUUUCCCGAUCGUCUCCUGUGCCAGGUCCCUGUACCUUCAGUGGUCAUAGGACCAAAACCAUUGGAGCAGAUUGACAGUGCAUGGGUGGCAUCUGGAUGGAGUCGUGUUAAGCUACCUGGUAUCAGUAAUCUUCUUAGUCGCGAUGGCCGGCACAAGUUGUUGCAGGAGACUGCAGAACUUAUGAGGUCGCUGAACAAUUGGGGCAUCAGCAGCACAUAUACACAGCUUCUGACACGCCUCCAGGAGACGGAGAGGCAGCAGCUUGACGGAGGGGCUUGGUGGAAGACGGUAUAA